AUGAAAUAUAUUUAAAACCUAAUCCUAACAUUUGAGAAUUAGAAUUUAGAACAACAAUAUUAAUUGGAGAAACAAAACUAAAUCCAACUACCAAUAUUCAUUUUUAUUAUUGUCCUAUCUUUCAUUUCAAACUUAGUGGUUCUUGGAUUCCAUUUUUUUAAUCAUAAGAUUGAGACAUGGUAUUUAAAUAUUGCAUUUAGCAUCUUAACAAUAAUACUUUUCAUAUUUAUUGUAAUUAUGAAAAAAUAUUAAUAUUUAUAAGAUGCGAUUACUAUAUCAAAUAUUAUUUUGGGUUUUUUAGAAUUCAAUGUUGAUCCAGCAACAUCUAAUUAUAUAGAAUUUUACUCUUAUGGAAAUACAUUUAUGUAGCUAUAAGCAGUUUUAUAUAUUGUUUCUAAUUUUGGUCAUGCUUUCCUUCAAGUCCUUUUCCAUUUUAUAUUGCGUAUUGCAAUUACAAUAGUGUUAUCAAAACGGACUGAUUACUUAUUAAUUUUUAUAGGUUUAACAAGUGGUAUUAUAUUAUUGGUGACAAUAUAUUAUAAGGAGAGGAAUUCAAGAAAGCUUUUUAUAUAAAACUUAAAAGAAAAUUACUGGGAAAAUAAUACUUCAUUUAUAAUCUAAAAGCCUUAUUUUAGAAUUAAUUAUUAAAAGGAAUAGUUAUUAUUUAAUUUAAUAAAAGAUAAUAAAAUUGAAUAAUUUCCUGGUUAUGAUAAUUUUUAUUGUGAAGGAUGUAAUGUAAGAAAAUUAUUAAGAUAUUAUUGUAUUGAUAAAAAUGUAACGUUAGAAGAUUAUUUACUUAAAUAAAAACAUCAUCAUCUAUCUUAAAAACUUAUAAUAACUUUUAAAAAAAGAAAAUUUUUAUUAAAAUUAUGUAGUUUAGAUAUUUAAUAAGUUCAGUAUCUAUUUAUUCUUGAUGAAAUCAAUAUUUUGUCUAAAAAAGAAGAAGAUAGAAAAAUGAAAUAAAAUGAUUUUAUUCAAUUUCUAAGAUCAAAUAAAACUUAUAGCUAUUAACAUUUUUUUAAUUGGGGUGCUUAAUCUCUAUUAUUUUUAAACACAAUGAUCAUUAAAAAGAUUAAUGUAUAAGAAUUAAUGAUUUAAAUUCUCCAUAUUUUUAGAUAGCAUAUAUUUCAUUAAAUUUCUUUUUAAAUUAUUACCUAAGAUUAGAAUACUUCAAUCUUUACUUUCUAUUAUUAAAUUAAAAUAUUUAUGAUGUAGCUUUUUGAAAUACUAUCAAUAAUUCAACGUAAUAAUAUCUUAUAAUCUUAAAUCAUUAUCAAAAGAAAAGGAUGUGAUAUUUUAAUUAAAAUUACUAAUAUAGACUUAGAAUCAUUUGAAUAAAUGUUUGAAUCAAAUUUCUUUUUAAAAAAUCUAUAAAGUUUAUUGCUCCAUGAUAUUGAAAAGUAAUAAGGCAUAUAAUUACAUUUAAAAAACUAUCCAAUAAAAUCAUUUGUAUUUGAUAUUUGA